ACUUUAGUUCACUUUUCACUGCCGGCUUGAAUGCCGCGCUCGUUAUCAGCCGUUUGACACUUGACUAUUAAUGAUGAUUAAAGGAAAUUGUAUUUGUAUAUAUACCGUGCAACGACCGCGCUAGUGCGAGUGCUCAUCUUAAAGUAUAAGUGAAAAUGUGGCUGCUGCAAAGUGUCGUCACGUUGUUCCUCCUGCUGGGAGCUGUCAAUGGCGCCAACAUCUUGUGCUACUUCACUGCACCCUCGCUCAGCCAUCAGAUAACUUUUCAUCCCAUCAUCCGAGAGUUGGCGAACCGUGGGCAUAACUUGACUGUCAUCACUCCAAACCCUAUGCGCGAUGCCAACUUGACCAACGUGGACGAAAUUGACGUGGAAGAGAUUUCUUACUACAGCUGGAAUAAAUAUAACAUUUCUUCAUUUGGUGUAAACGAAGAGGUGGCAUCUACUGACCUCACGCCGAUAAUCAACGCUUAUAUGGAGAUUGUGGAUUCUCAAUUGUCACAUCCAAGAGUUAAGGCACUUAUCAAUGGUAGCAAAUCCAAUCAUUUUGAUAUUUUUAUUACCGAACAUCCACAUUAUUUUACGACACCAUUCAAGAGGAUCUAUGGUACGGGCAUGGUUGGCAUUGGUUCAUUACCCUUGCAUAUGGGUUCUAAUGGCAUGAUUGGAAACUUUGAGCAUUCUUCUCUUUUUCCUGAUCUGAAUCUGCCAUAUUCGAAUAAACUUACUUUCUGGCAGAAGAUCCACAGUUAUAUACACUCUACUAUUGGCGUGACGAUGAUGCGAAGAAUCAAACCCAGACUUUUUGAAAUUCUAACACCACACUUUGGUGCUGAGCUGGUAAAUGAAAUCGAUGUUCUUUCCAAGGAGUAUGAUUUGGUUAUGGUGAAUUAUAAUCCUAUUUUACAUGCACCCAGACCAAAUGUACCGGCUGUUAUUGAAUUCAAUGGGAUUCACAUUAAACCUCCUAAGCCAUUACCAGAGGAUAUCAAAGCAUUUUUGGAUAGUGCUACUAAUGGAGCAGUCUAUUUAAGUUUUGGGUCUAAUAUUAAGAGUACUUCUUUGUCUUUGAAGAAACGAAACUUAAUUCUUGAAGCUUUAUCAGAAUUACCCUUUAAAGUCUUGUGGAAAUUCGAAGCUGACUUAGAUAAUCUCCCACCAAACGUUCGAAUCAUGAAGUGGACUCCCCAACAGGAUAUUCUGAGACAUCCGAACGUAAAAAUCUUCGUGACCCAAGGUGGUCUUCAAUCGUUGGACGAGGCCAUGUACACUAAAACCCCCGUGCUCGCAAUUCCCUUCUUUGGAGACCAGCGUGGCAACGCCGCAAAAGUCGAAGAGGCUGGUAUCGGCAAACGUCUCAACUUUGCCUCAAUCACCAAGGACACGUUCAAAUCCUCCAUUCUGGAAAUCGUCAACGACAGCAAAUACAAAUUGCGGCUGGAAGAAGUCUACGACAUAUUGACCGACCAGCCGAUGUCGGCCGUGGACAAGACCGUCUGGUGGAUCGAGUACGUCAUACGGCACAAAGGCGCGCGCCACAUGAGAUCGCCGACCGUCGAUGCAACGUUUAUUGAAUAUUACAUGAUCGACGUUAUUGGUUUUCUGCUCGGCGUCGUCCUGCUGAAGCUAUUUUUCAUCUACAUUGGCGUGAAAUUAAUGAUAAAACUUGCGAAGAAAUGCCUCUUCGGGCGCGUCGAUAACGCGGAAAAACUGAAGAAAAAUUAAUCACUUUUCUUGCGCACGACCGCGUGGCGAGCCGCGGACUUUUCCAUUACUUGAUCGAGAGGCGAGGGGCGUAAUUUAUUAAAAUAUUUGUGCCGUGUGGCGGCUGUAUUCAUGAUGUGCCAUGAAUAGCUUGAAUAGGUUGAUUUUUGCAUUGUAUGACUUUUAUAAAUAAAAUAAUAAAAAACACCAAGCAGAAAUGCUUUUUAAAAAAUUGUA